ACUUGGAGCCUCCGUCCCUCAGGCCGCCGCCGCCAUGGGCCGAGUGAUCCGCGGGCAGAGGAAGGGCGCCGGCUCCGUGUUCCGCGCGCACGUGAAGCACCGCAAGGGCGCCGCCCGGCUGCGCGCCGUGGACUUCGCCGAGCGCCACGGCUACAUCAAGGGCAUCGUCAAGGACAUCAUCCACGACCCGGGCCGGGGCGCCCCGUUGGCCAAGGUGGUCUUCCGGGACCCCUACCGCUUCAAGAAGCGCACCGAGCUGUUCAUCGCCGCCGAGGGCAUCCACACCGGCCAGUUCGUCUACUGCGGCAAGAAGGCCCAGCUCAACAUCGGCAACGUCCUCCCCGUGGGCACCAUGCCCGAGGGCACCAUCGUGUGCUGCCUGGAGGAGAAGCCCGGUGACCGAGGCAAGCUGGCCCGCGCCUCGGGCAACUACGCCACAGUCAUCUCGCACAACCCGGAGACCAAGAAGACCCGGGUGAAGCUGCCUUCGGGCUCCAAGAAGGUCAUUUCCUCAGCCAACCGAGCUGUGGUCGGCGUGGUGGCUGGAGGUGGCCGUAUUGACAAGCCCAUACUGAAAGCCGGACGUGCCUACCACAAGUAUAAGGCAAAGAGGAAUUGCUGGCCACGUGUGCGGGGUGUUGCCAUGAACCCUGUGGAACAUCCAUUUGGAGGUGGUAACCACCAACAUAUUGGCAAACCCUCCACCAUCCGCAGAGAUGCCCCGGCUGGCCGUAAAGUGGGUCUCAUUGCUGCCCGCCGCACUGGGCGUCUCCGGGGAACAAAGACUGUGCAGGAGAAAGAGAAUUAGAGGGUGGAUAUUCUUAAAUAAAGAUUUGCUAACGCAAA